UCAGUAUUUAUUCUAAUACAUCUGUGGAGCUCGCAGCACUCGCUCGUUCUCACUGAACAGUUUGUAGCACGAUAGUGUUUGUUCGCUUAUGUUUUCGAUACGUCUUUUGUGAUAGUUUCUGUGUGGGAAUUAAACGUUGUCGAUAGUGAACAAUGACCGACGGCUCGGGUAACGAUGACACCACCGCUUUUAACACAAUAUCUGAUUCUUCCAAGGCAGAAACAUGUACAGCUGGUCCUCUUGUUCUAUACUCAACGGCGCAAGCUUGGGCAGCACAGUUUUAUCGGAGUAUUUCACAGCCAUACAGGAUAUCGGAAUCAUCAGACGAAGAAGAUCUUUCCCAGUAUCAGUUCGAAGAUGACCUUGAGUAUCUCAGGUCCUUGGACCCAAAGGAGUGGAAAGAUCAAGAUCAUUACGCCGUCUUAGGAUUGAAAAAGCUCAGGCACAAAGCGACCGAAGAUAUUAUAAAAAGGGCUUAUAAGCAGAAAAUCCUGAAACAUCAUCCUGAUAAGCGAAAGGCGCUGGGAGAAGAAAUCCGACCAGACGAUGAUUAUUUUACCUGCAUCACAAGAGCAUGGGAGACUCUGGGCACUACUGCAAAGAGGAGAAGCUACGACAGCGUAGAUCCUUACUUUAACGACGAUUUGCCGGACGAGAAAGAAUGUAAAACAAACUUCUACGUGAUAAUGGGUAAAGCAUUCAAGGACAAUGCUAGAUGGUCUGUAAAACAGCCAGUCCCGCGGUUAGGUGGACCAGAAACCCCUAGAGCCAAAGUGGAACAAUUUUAUUCCUUCUGGUAUGACUUCGACUCGUGGCGCGAAUAUUCUUACUUAGACGAGGAAGACAAAGAAAGUGGUCAGGAUCGAGAUAUGCGUAAAUGGAUCGAGAAGAAGAACAAAGCGACACGAGCUAAACGGAAGAAGGAAGAAAUGGCGCGUAUACGUAGUUUGGUCCACAUGGCUUACAACCUAGACCCGAGGAUAAAGAAGUUCCAACAGGACGACAAAGACAAGAAAACCGCCGCGAAGAAAGCGAAACAGGAGGCUGCUAAGGCGAGGCAACAGGAAGAGGAGAGGAUAGCGAGAGAUGCGGCCGAAAAGGAACGUCUGGAGAAGGAGAAGCGGGAGAGCGAAGAAAAAGCGAAAAUGGAUGCACUGAAGCAAGAAAGAGAGGCGCAGAAGAAGGCACUUCGCAAAGAGCGAAAGGCCUUCAGAGACUUUUGUAAAGCCAACAAUUAUUUCGCGAACGAUACGACAGAGAACAUUAGGCAUAUGGAAAGCGUGGAGAAAAUAUGCGAAUUGCUUAAGCUUGUCCAGCUGGAAGAAGCCAUGAAGAAGGUGCAGGCCGAAGGCAGACCCGCGUUCAUUAGUAUCGUGAAAGAUACGGAGGAGAGAAUAGAGGCGGAGCGCAGGGUAGGCUUCACCUCGAACGACACGCGAAACACGCCGGAGAAGCAAGUGAAAUCUCACACAGCUCCGUGGAACGAGAACGACCUUCAGCUUCUGAUAAAGGCCGUGAACUUGUUCCCAGCCGGGACGAAUCAACGCUGGGAAGUAGUCGCCAAUUUCAUUAACCAACACAGCGGUUCUACGGCCGGCGUGACUCGCGAUGCGAAGGAAGUUCUCGCGAAAGCUAAAGAUUUGCAGUCGACGGACUUCAGCAAAUCGAGCCUGAAGGAGCAAGCCAACAAGAAAGCCUUCGAUAAUUUCAUCGCGGAGAAAAAGGCCAAAGAAUCUGUCGAGGAUCGAAUGCCAGCUGUCACGGAACGCUUAGAUCAUCCUAUGGCGAAUGGUAUUUCUACGGAACAUAAGGAAACAAAGAAGGAGCCCCAACCGUGGACCCCGGCGGAGCAGAAACUGUUGGAGCAAGCGUUGAAAACCUAUCCUACCACCGUGCCCGACAGGUGGGAUCAAAUCGCCGCGUGCAUACCGACCAGAACGAAAAAGGAGUGCAUAAGGAGAUAUAAGGAGUUGGUGGAGCUGGUCAAAGCGAAAAAGGCGGCGCAAGUGAUGAAAUAAUAGUAGUCUAUCUUUAAAAGUAAAAAA